AUGUUUGUCUUUGACUGGUUUUACGACGUGCUGGGCUACUUGGGGCUGUACCACAAAAACGCCAAGAUCCUGUUCCUAGGCCUGGACAAUGCGGGCAAGACCACUCUUCUGCACAUGCUCAAGGACGAUCGCGUUGCCGUGCAUGAGCCGACACUGCACCCCAAUUCCGAAGAACUGAUCAUUGGCAAGCUGCGUCUGCGGACGUUCGACUUGGGCGGUCACGAGACGGCGCGUCGCCUAUGGCGGGAUUACUUUGCCACAGUGGACGGUGUCGUGUUCGUGGUGGACGCGCUCGAUCGCGAGCGCUUUCCCGAGUCCAAGCGAGAGCUGGACACGCUAUUGGGCUACGACGAGCUGGCCAACGUGCCGUUCCUUGUGCUGGGCAAUAAGAUUGACGUGCCUCGCGCGGCAUCGGAGGACGAGCUGCGCAGUGCGCUGGGCCUAAACGAGACGUAUGGCAAGGAGGCGCGCGCGGCGGAUGCGAGCAUUCGCCCCAUUGAGCUGUACAUGUGCUCGGUGGUGCGUCGGAUGGGCUAUGCUGACGGCUUCCGCUGGAUGGCACAGUUCUUGUAG